AGGUUGUCCCCCCCCCCCCCCUCCGUUCGGGGAGCAGCCGCGGCUCCCUCCGCGGUGCCGUUGUAAGAGGACGGGUCGUGGGGGCCUCGCCCAUCCGCUGCCCAGCGUUGGGCAAGUCGGAAUACGCUUCCCCCGUCGAAGUGGGUCGAACGAUGACGUCACGCCGAUCAUCAAUUUCACCGAUCGAUUUACGCAGAGAUGGAGAGCGUUACUCUGAGCUCAAAGGAAGAAGACAACAUGUUCUAUACUUGUGGUCCAAAUGAAGCCAUGGUUGUGUCGGGCUUUGGCCGCUCCCCCCCUCUUAUGAUUGCAGGAGGACGAGUGUUUGUCGUCCCUUGCAUUCAACAGAUUCAGAGAAUCACCCUGAACACCCUGACUCUAAAUGUGAAGAGUGACAAAGUCUACACCCGUCACGGUGUCCCUAUCUCUGUCACCGGCAUUGCACAGGUGAAGAUUCAGGGCCAGAACAAGGAGAUGUUGGCCACUGCAUGUCAGAUGUUCAUGGGCAAGUCUGAGGGUGAGAUUGCCCAGAUUGCCCUGGAGACACUUGAAGGACACCAGAGAGCCAUCAUUGCCCAUUUGACUGUGGAGGAGAUCUACCAGGAUCGUAAGAAGUUCUCUGAGCAGGUGUUCAAGGUGGCCUCCUCUGACCUGGUCAACAUGGGCAUCGGUGUUGUCAGCUACACCCUCAAAGACGUUCACGACGAUCAGGACUACCUUCACUCCCUUGGUAAAGCUAGAACAGCCCAGGUCCAGAAGGAUGCCAGGAUUGGAGAGGCUCAAUAUAAACGUGAUGCUGUUAUAAGGGAGGCCCAUGCCAUGCAGGAGAAGGUGUCAGCCCAAUAUAAGAAUGAGAUUGAGAUGGCCAAGGCCCAGAGAGACUACGAGCUGAAGAAGGCAGCGUACGAUGUUGAGGUCAACAGCAAGAAGGCUGAGUCAGAGAUGGCUUAUCAGCUUCAGGUGGCCAAGACCAAACAGCGCAUCGAGGAGGAGAAGAUGCAGGUACAGGUGGUCGAGCGUUCGCAGCAGAUCAUGCUUCAGGAGCAGGAGAUCUCCCGCAGGGAGAAGGAGCUGGAGGCCAAGAUCAAGAAGCCUGCCGAGGCCGAGAGAUACCGCCUGGAGAAACUGGCUGAGGCCCAGCGUCUGCAGCUCAUCAUGGAGGCUGAGGCUGAAGCAGAGUCCAUUAAAAUUAAGGGUGAGGCCGAGGCUUUUGCCUUGGAGGCUAAGGGUCGUGCUGAGGCUGAGCAGAUGGCCAAAAAGGCAGACGCCUUCAAGCAAUACCAAGAGGGAGCCAUGGUGGACAUGCUUCUGGAAAAGCUGCCUCUGGUGGCGGAGGAGAUCAGCAAGCCCCUGUCGAAAGCCCAGAAGAUCACCAUGGUGUCCAGCGGUGGCUCAGAGGUGGGUGCGGCCAAACUGACCGGAGAGGUGCUGGACAUCAUGGCCAGGCUGCCCUCCACCUUGGAGAAACUCACCGGGGUUGACAUCUCACAGGUUAGUGGAAAGUCCAGCCGAGUGCGUUAAGAAGAGAAAGGUAGGAGUGACGAGAAGAGGUCUCUAUAAUCCACAGACCCUGAGCUGCAUUUCUCCCCCUCAGUGCCUGAAAUCUCUAUACCGACUCAAGACUAUAAUACCAAUGGAUGUUUGCAUGCAUGUUUCCACUUUGUGUCCCAGUGGCUGUAAGUGGCUCCCAGCUCAUUGUCUCCUCUAUCUGCCAGGGACUCUUUUUUUGUCUUGAGCUUUAUUUAAUAAGCCCCCUCCAAGUUAUUUUUAAAAAAAAAACUAGAUCACUUUUAUACCGUUUCUUCUGGUUUCUCUUUUACCAAACACAUUCCUGACCCCAUGUUGAUCUGAGUGCUCUGAUCGGGAGAGCAUGUCAAUAUCUGACAAGUCGGAUAAAGGAGACAAAGACAUCCGGUCACUUUGGCCGCAAGUAGUUAAGACAGUCCCUAUUUCUGUCGAUUUUUGUAUUAGAUUUCCACUGUCGUAUCAGUGUUUAUUUUCUACCUGCAAUCAACUUCAUUUGCCCCCGCUGAAGGGCCGGGUCCACAUAUGCUGUCAUACAACUUGUUGCUGUCACAGGACUUUAUGUUGAAUAUCUGUUAGGGUUUUAGUCAUGUUCGACUUAGAUGUUGGUUUCAGCGCCUCCUAACUGUACAUGAAACUGCUGAAAUGUGUCGGGGCCAAUAGUCCCCCAUAAUUUCAAGUGUGGGCAUAUCAUUGCUGUGGACAUGUUUUAUCUUUUUAAUUCUUAAAUGCCCUGCAAAUUUCUGUCGGUGUUAGUAGUUCAUGUGGUAGAGUCUAUCUAAUUUGCUUUUUUUCCCCAAUACUACAGUAUAGAUGUAGGUAGACUAUGUAGGUGUUGGGUGGUGCUUGAAUUUUUUUCCCCACAUCCAUUCCCUUGAUAUCUAACUGCCUAAGCUAACCAGUACCUGUAAGAUUAACUGAGGCCACCGUUUGGCCCUGCGAGUGAAAAGUGUGGCUCUGUAUGUUCAGGUCUGACGGGGAAGGAAGUGAGUGGUGGGCAAAGGGAGGUUUUCCUCCUCGGUGAAAAGGAGAACGUUUUUAGCGGGUAGGCGAAAAUGAUGGUUGUAGACUCUGCUGCGGUCUCCGAAGUCUGCAUUAUCUAGGUCAGUCGUGUGUGUGUGUAUGAGAAUCAGUUACCCAACAACCUCACUAGCGAGUUUGAAGCCAUGUGUGAGGCGUAAUAUAGAGUGUAACAGUAUGAGGAAGUCACUCAUCUCUACUGGACGCAAUUCCAGUUUUCUUUUUUUUUUUACUGUCCCGAUUUUCGAUGGCACUGUGACACCUAUCACAUGUCGACAGUACAGUUUGGUUCAUAUUAAACCUUUGUAGAUGAGGAUUUAUUAAUAGAGAUUUAUUAAUCGACAGCCGAGCACUUCCGACCGGGACCUCAGGGGCACUUCUUCCUUUUCUGUAACUACCAAGUCCAAAGUUCGCCAGUUGCCUCACAACUUUGCGUGUUGUCACCAACAAGUGCCUGAAUAAGUUCUGACAGCAUCCAAGCUGGUUACAAAGGAUGGACGCCCCAGGUUAUGCCGAGGCCUCAUCCGAAUGCCAUAUCGAAUAUCACGGCUCAUUUUGCAUCCUGGGGAAUACGGUCCGACUCCAGACCGUUCGGGGACCGUCUUUGUCCGUGGCUCCAGACCAAAGCCAAAACCGUUCAAACCGCUUGCCCCUUUUUUUUUCCCCCCGUUUCCCUGUGAGGAACCACUUGGGUUUUCUAAGCAAGUUUCUUUAUUUGCUGCCGUGGUUGCCAAUUUUAUUAUGUAGCGAUUAACCACCAGUGUGAAUGUUGUACAAAAAAAUGUAAGUGUAUGUCAACAAUAAAUUCUAACCUUUAACACUGGAA